AUGGCUCCUAAAGUUGCUAUCGUCUUUUACUCCAUGUACGGCCACAUUCAAAAGCUUGCCGAAGCCGAAAAGGAAGGUCUCAAGAAGGCUGGAAUUGAAGCUGAUCUCUUCCAAGUUCCAGAGACUCUUCCCCAGGAAGUCUUGACCAAGAUGCAUGCUCCAGCCAAACCCAACAUUCCAAUUAUUGAUCCGGCAACUCUGGCUAGCUAUGACGCAUUCCUCUUCGGCAUCCCAACCCGAUACGGCAACUUCCCUGCACAAUGGAAAGCCUUCUGGGACGCCACAGGCGGCCAAUGGCAAACCGGGGGAUACUGGGGUAAAUACGCCGGUAUCUUCGUCUCCACUGGCACUCCAGGCGGCGGACAAGAAAGCACCGUCAUUGCCUCUUUAUCGACAUUGGCUCAUCACGGCAUCGUCUAUGUUCCACUGGGAUAUGCCAAGGCCUUUGCACAACUCGGUAAUAUAGAAGAGGUCAGAGGUGGCUCAGCAUGGGGCGCAGGAACCUUCGCUGGUGGCGACGGAUCUCGAUCACCCUCUGCACUCGAGUUGGAAAUCGCCACCAUUCAAGGCGAGGAAUUUGGAGAGGUAGAGCCAAAAAAGGCAGGGGCAGAGAGCAAUGGAGCAACUGAAAAUACCAAGCAAACAAAUCGGAGGACAGUAACAGUGCAAAGCGGAGGAGAAACAGGUGCCAGAGAUAAGGAAGGCCCAUGCGGCUUACCUACCAAGUGCACAAUUCAAUGA